UUUAUUCCUCUCGGCCGCUCUAAUCGAAGAGAGGGAAUACAAUCAAGACUGGAAGGAAACGGCCAUCAAGAAAUUGUAGAGAGAGAAUACAGAGGAAGAGAGGCGAUGGCGAAAUACGAAGGGAACGAUCUAGACAACACUGGUUCUUCUCCUCCGCCAAGAGGUGGCGGUCACGGCAGUUACAGCGAUUCUCCGUCUCAGGGUUACAACCCCUCACACCUAGCUGUUGCAGAAUCUGCUGGUGGGCUCGAGGGUCCUUAUUGUAUUUUUGUUGUUGGGCUCCCCUAUCAUUUUACAGAAGUACAGAUCAAGGGUCUGCUCGAGUCCUUUGGGCCACAUCAGGGCUUUCAUUUUGUGAAGGACAGAGACAAAGGAAACUCCAAAGGCUCUGCAUUCUGUGUUUACAGGAUCCGUUGGUUACAGAUCUUGCUGUUUGUGCUCUCAAUGGCUUUAAAAUGGGUGAUAAAACUCUUAUUGUGAGGCGUGCCAACGAGGGUGCUACCCAGUUUAAACCUGAACUAGAGCAUGCGCUGCAACAAAUAACAUUGCAGGGUUACAACCCCUCACACCAAGCUGCUGUUGAGCUAACACCAGAAUCUGCUGGUGGGCUGGAGGGUCCUUUUUGUAUUUUUGUUGGUGGGCUCCCCUAUCAUUUUACAGAAGCACAGAUCAGGGAUCUGCUCGAGUCCUUUGGGCCCCUUCAGGGCUUUCAUUUAGUGAAGGACAGAGACACAGGAAACUCCAAAGGCUCUGCAUUCUGUGUUUACCAGGAUCUCUCUGUUACAGAUAUAGCCGUUUGUUCUCUCAAAGGCCUUAAAAUAGGUGAUAAAACUCUUGUUGUGAGGCGCGCCAACGAGUGUGCUACCCAACUUAAACCUGAACAAGAUUAUGCACUGCAACAAAUAACAUUGCAGGGAGCACCAGUUAACAUCAGGACGCCUUAUGAUUACAAGUCCUCAUUGGCUUUCUCUACACUUGGUCGAAGAGAAUCCAAUCCCAGUUUGAACCUAGCUGCUGUUGAGCUAACACUAGAGUCUGCUGGCGUGCUUGAGGGUCCUGAUUGUAUAUUUGUGGGUGGCCUCCCCUAUUAUCUUACAGAAACACCGAUCCGGGAGCUGCUAAAGUCCUUUGGGUCCCUUUGGGGCUUUGAUUUAGUGAGGGACAGAGAAACAGGAAACUCCAAAGGCUAGCAUUUUGCAUUUACGAGGAUCUAUCAGUUAGUGAUAUUGCCAUUGCGUCUCUUAAUGGACUUAAAUUCGGUGAUAAAACUUACUGUGAUGCGUGCGCAGCAAGCACGGCAACAAAUAGCAGUGCAGAGGUUCAUAUUAUGACAAAUUGGUGCACUAAGCACAAAGUUUUCAUCCUUACUUUAGUGGUUACUAAAGAUGAGCUUAAAGAUGAUGAGGUUAUGAAGAAGCAUAAUGGAAAUCUUGAGAACUGAGUUUCAUCUAUUGUAGUAGCACAUUCUGCUAUACUGUAUCAGGCCUAACACACAUAAUGGAAGAUCCGAUAACCUUCUAUUUAUGUUCAACUGAAGACUCUUUUUAUGUUUAUUCUGAGAAAUAUUUGCAUCUCAAAUUUUCAUUGUGAUUUGCAGGUAGUUUAGGGAACAUUGUAAAAUAACGGAAUGGUGAACCAUCCCCAGGAAGUUCUAGCAACUCCAUCGUAAAGAUGACGGAGUUGCUAAAACUUCUGGAUAGGAAUCCUAUAUCUGAAAUGAAUUCUUUCCGGUUAAAGAAUAUCUUUCUAGUUGCUCUGGAACAUAGGAGUUUGUCGCCUAGGUAUUGGAUCUCGUCCAGUUUCUAGUAUGAACUCUAUCUGUAUACAUCUAAUUGAUUGAGGAUUUGAUUUUUUUUAUUAAUUAAUAUAAUUGAACAAUUGUUCAAGUUUCUGUUGAAACUAGAUAUAGCCUCUCCUAGAGUAUCUGAAAUUAUGGCAAACUGGAGUGCGCAUAAUAUUGGCUCUCCAUUUGUAAUAAUUUGAUUUGACGUACAGUUGCUAAUGAAUAUUAUCUUGUGUUUUCAUAGGUGUGUUUUGGCAGGAAUCAAGUUUGUGGCUGAAUUUGAUCAUGAGAACAAGUUGGGUGAAAGCAAGGGGAAGUGUUAUGGCUAGUUGCCCUCUCCUUUGAAUGCCUGGAUGUCUGUUUUCUUCUGUCUGUAAAUAACAUUUUUGUUUUUUUUUUUCUUUUUCCUUUUAAGACAGGUCUUUUUUGUUGCAAGGGUUGUGUGAUUUGGUGAUGCGCUUUUGAACAUUAAAUGUAGUUUUAAUUCAGCAUUUCUUUGCAUAAAUGGGAAUAGUAAUAUAAGCUUGACCUACAUUUUGGACAACCAAA